UGACUGGGAGCAAGAGCACAUCACACACACUGCCAGGUUCAGGGGAAUUGGGGGAAAAAUUGAAAAGCUAUUGAAGUGCGCAGAAACACUUCUUGAGAGGUGAACAAAGAAAAACAUUAAAAAGGGACAGAAGACAAAGAAUGCUUCUGCAGCUGCUCAGUUUUGCGGCUCUUCUUGCUUGCGCCCAUUGCCAGUGUCCGCAAGGCUGGAGGGAAUAUGAGAAUAAAUGUUACUUCUUUUCAACUGAUACAAAGUCAUGGAUGGAGGCCAACGCAUUUUGUAUGGCGCUUAACACCAACCUGAUGAGCAUUCAGAACAUUCAUGAAAGGUUGUGGGUAAGGACGCAAAUUGGCACGGAGAUCUACUGGAUUGGCCUAAAUGACGAAAGCGCUGAAGGGUUCUGGGAGUGGAGUGAUGGGAGUCCUUUUAUACCAUUCCUAACAUACUGGAUGCAAGGCCAGCCUGAUAACUGGGGCGAUGAACCCGGGGAGGACUGUGGUCAGGUAGUAGGAUCUAGCUUUGGACAGUGGAAUGACGAGAACUGCAGUGUUAAGAGGAAAUACAUCUGCAAGUACAUAAACCAGAAUCCUAGCCCACAGUGUGACUUAGCCAACGGAUGGAAACAGCACGGCUCCAACUGCUACAAUUUGAAGGCUGACAGCAGAAAGAGCUGGGCAGCAGCGAGACAUGACUGCGUGCAGGAUGGAGGAGACCUGGUGUCCAUUGUCACAGCAGAAGAGGAGCAGUAUGUCACAGGAUCACUGGACCCAUCAUGGGUCGACCUCUGGAUUGGGCUUUCCACACUGAAAUGCAACAAGAUUUCAUGUCAAGUUGAAGCAGGAAACAAUCAGUACACCUGGUCUGAUGCUCUCUCAGUGACGUACACAAACUGGGCUGAUGGUGAACCUUCAGGUGAUACACAGGCCGGCUCAUGUUCUGCAAUCAUCAAGGAUGCAUCAGAUACGUUUGGGAAAUGGAGAUCCCAUGUGUGCAGAUAUGAACGUCCUUACAUGUGUAAACGACCACUGAACACUAUCUGCCCUACUGGCUGGCUGAGCUUUGCUGGCAGUUGUUACUGGAUGGUCAGUAAUAUCAAUCUGUUGACCACCUGGCAUGAGGCCAGCACCAAGUGCUCCGACAUGGGGGCCCACCUGCUGAUUAUAAACAGUCAAGAAGAACAGUUCUUCAUUAAUGGGAACCUUCCAGACUUUCACCAAGUUGACAUUCCUGACAUCUGGAUCGGUUUAUCAGAUAAGGACCAGGAUGGGGAUUUCAAAUGGGUGGAUAAAGGAGAGAUUACUUUUUCGAACUAUGGUCCUGGUUGGCCUAGAAACACUGCAGGCACCUGGGACUGUGGACAAAUCUUCACAGGAAAUUAUGAAGGAAAAUGGGAAACAACUAACUGCUUCAAGAGCAUGGGUUACAUUUGUGAGAUGACAGGUGGACAGAACAUCAAACCAACUUCAGCUCCUGAUUCCCACUGUGACCCUGGAUAUUUAUUGUACGGGGACUUCUGCUAUCACUUUGAGAGUGAGUUGGUGAAAAACUGGCAGGAUGCUGAGUCUUAUUGCAGCAGAGAGCAGGGUCACCUGGCCAGCUUCCACUCAGAGGAAGAACUUAGUUUCCUAACUGCUCACAUGCCAGGGCAAGCUUGGGUUGGUUUGAAUGAUAUCAAUGUUGAAAACCAGUGGGUAUACACCGAUGGAACGCCCGCGGACCUCCUCCCAUGGGCGCCCAACCAGCCAGACAACUGGGAGAACAACGAGGACUGUGCACACCUCACAGGGAUGGAUCACCAUGAACCUGGAAAACUCAAUGAUGAUUUCUGCACCUCCACAAAGGAAUUUAUCUGCAAAAAAGCCAAGGGACAAGGACCUCCUCCCCGGCCCCCAACUUCUGGACCAGGAUGGAAUGAAAAAUGUGGUUCUUGGAUGGCUGACCCUUUCAACGACUACUGCUACCAGUUUAACUACCUGUCCAUGAGGACGUGGACAGAAGCUCGGGCCGACUGUGUUAACCAGGGAGGAGACCUCGUCAGUAUCACCAAUCCCUUCGAGCAGGCCUUCAUACAAGGUGUGAUCCAGGUGAGUCCCACAGGAAUCUCUCUGUGGAUGGGCGGUCAUGACUCCAUCACAGAAGGCGGAUGGGAGUGGACAGAUGGUUCACCUUUCAAAUACAUCCGCUGGAAUGCAGGUAACCCAGACGACUAUUACGGUGAAGAUUGCCUGUCUAUUCUAAUUAACAAAGGCUACUGGAACGACGACAACUGUGAGUACAAAAGAGGAUACAUCUGCAAGCGGAAAGGAAAUACACCUGAGCCUCCUCCACCUCAUGAUGGUUUCAUGACGGCCCUGGUGUGCCAGGGCUCCCCUGCUGUCCUUCAUUGUCCACAUGAAAGUGUAAUUAACAUCCAGUCUGCUUUCUACGGACGAAAGAGUGAUGACAUCUGUCCACACCUGGAUGGUUCAGGGGGAGGAAGCUGUACAGUGGAAGGUGUCCUUCCUGACAUUAGAAAGAAAUGUGACAACCGUCCUUACUGCUUCGCAUACGUCCAUCUGGAGGUGGACCCCUGUCCCACAGUUUCCAAAUACCUUGAGAUUGUCUACAGCUGUGAACAAAAAGUGUGUCUGCACGGCCUGGGUGUCGAGGACGGGAACAUCACGGACUCCCAGCUCUCUGCUUCGUCCUCCACUGGUCUCUUCACUCCCAACAAAGCUCGUUUGAAUGGAAAUUCCUGCUGGAUGCCUUCCGGAAGCCCAACUUCAAGCUGGAUCCAGGUAAACCUGGGCCAGACCAGAAAAGUAACAGGAAUAGUAAUUCAGGGUUGUCCUCAAAAUGACCACUGGCUCACCAAAUUUAAGAUCCAGCACAGUACGGACGGAGCAAGCUGGACUGACUACACUGCUGACGGCCAGUUUUUCCCAGGCUCAACAGACAGAAACACUCCUGAAACUCAGCUACUUGGUACACCUGUGUCAGCCCAGUAUGUCCGCAUCCUCCCACUGGAGUUCAGUGGUCAGGCAGGCCUUCGCUUCGACGUCUUGGGGUGCACACCAGACUAUGCAAUCACAUGCGCCAAUGUGCCCAACUUCAACUUUGCCAAUGAUAAAAUGACUGUCCAUUGUCCAGCUGGGUGUGCUAAUGCUUAUUACAGCGUGUAUGGCACUACAGUUUAUCGUGGGGACUCAAACAUCUGUGCUGCAGCUAUGCAUGCUGGAGUGAUUUUAAAUGAAAUCGGAGGAGACUGUACUUUGUUGAAAGCUGCAGGACAGAACUUCUAUGCCGGCUCCACCAGGAAUGGCAUCACCUCAAGACAAUUUGAUGGAAACUAUGCUGUUUCGUACACUUUUGCUGAUGGGGAGCUGAGGUGUUCAGGGCCUGACUGGUACGAGUUUGGAGACUUCUGCUACAAACCUUUUGAAGACAAAAAAACAUGGCAUAGUGCCCAGCACACCUGCAGAGCUAUGGGUGCUCAACUCGUAUCCAUCCUCUCGAUGAAGGAGCAGAGCUGGCUUGAAAGCUACAUGUACAUGGCCAACAGUGAUGUGUGGACUGGUCUGAAUGACCUGGUUGUGACUGGUAUGUUCACCUGGUCUGAUGAUCACAUGGUUACCUUCACUUACUGGGCUCCAGGGGAACCCAACAACCACGAUGGGUUCAGUGAAGACUGUGUUGAGAUGUUACACCAGACUGGACGAUGGAACGACGUGUCCUGUACAGAACUCAAUACCUACAUAUGUAAAAUGCCCAAAGCACAUUACCCAGUGCCCUCUGUAAAACCCACAGUGUACGGGUGUCCUCAGGGCUGGGAUGCAUACGGCUACUCCUGCUACUGGAUGGAGGAGACCACCAGGAGCUGGUCAGAGGCUAAGGAUUUCUGUAAAGAGCAGGACGGCUUCUUACUGCACAUCGGAGACAUUUAUGAGCAGGCACAUUUUACAGUGGCUCUGUCAGGAAAGACAGGUUUUUGGUGGAUCGGUCUGCGUGCUAAAGGAGAGCCAGGUGGAGGGGUUGACUACAUCUGGGACAACGGCUUACCUCUCACCUUCACCCACUGGGACAGAGAUCAGCCAGAUAGCGGGGAUGGGACUUGUGUGGCUAUGACAACUGGUCAGAUUGGUGGUUUCUGGGAUGACCAGCAGUGCUUAGAGAAACACGCCUUUGUCUGUGAGAAACCUAGACCCGACAUCACCCCACCCACUAGGCCCCCGACUCCUCCUCCUGCACAGGGCUGUGCUGAUGGCUGGACGGCUCUGCCUCACUUCAGAAACUGUUAUAAGCUCUUUCACAAUGUGGACUGGUCCAAGAAGAAAAGCUGGGGGGCAGCACAUGAGGACUGUCUUUCCAGAGGCGCUAAUCUGGUCAGCAUCCACAAUCAGGAGGAGGAGGAGUUCCUGUCUCUGUACAGCAAAGGCAGCAGCAAGUGGAUAGGCCUCAAGCACAACCCAACAGAAGGAGGUUAUUCUUGGAGUGAUGGCACACCCCUCUCUCACACCAACUGGGGCAACGGGGAGCCAAACAACCACGAGGGCCGCGAGGAGUGUGUGGAGAUGGUGAGCAGCAGCAACGGGACCUACUCCUGGUGGAACGAUCUCAACUGUGACGCUAACCAGGACUGGAUAUGCAUGAUUACUAAAGGAAAGAAUCCCAUCGUGCCUCCAGUGCCCCCACCCCCACUCCCAGCACUUGAUUGUGGUACUAAUGUUGGCUGGAGGAAGAACAACAACAUCUGCUACUACUACAACGACACCGACAUUGUGGACUUCCACACGGCUAUGAUGCGCUGUCACCUUGAGAAGGCCUUACUCGUCUCCAUCCUAAACAAAGACGAACAGGCAUAUGUUAACAGCAUGGUGGGGACAGGCCAGGUGGAUGCAGCUUGGAUUGGAAUGAGGAUGUUUGGCAUUGCUGGGGGAGAAUACAUGUGGGUGGACUUCUCCCCUGUUACGUACACUCAUUGGGGUCCAGGUGAGCCCAACAACGCCAACGGGGAGGAACAGUGUGUUCAGAUGAAAAGACAUCAAGGUGGAUGGAAUGAUGCCAACUGUGGCAGGGCUGGAGCAGGUUACGUCUGUAAGAAGUUCCCUGGAGAUAUUCACACCCCUCCUCCACCCACACAGCCCUGGGAGGGCAACUGCCCAGCAGGUUGGAUGCGUUUCAAGGAUAAAUGCUUCAUGUUCAAAGGGAAGAAAAAUGACAUUAAAGCCAACUGGUCUUAUGCCCGGAACUGGUGCAAAGACCAAGGAGGAGAGCUGGCAGUUAUUGAUGACCAGUACGAGAAUGACUUUGUUUCUAGUUACCUGAGGGACCUGAAGGGUCCAGCGUGGAUCGGCCUGUCAGAUCUCUUGUUAGAGAAUCAGUACGCCUGGAGUGACGGGGUCAGCCCUGUGCUGUACACCAACUGGAACGACAAGGAGCCUAACAAUGCAGGAGGAACGGAACACUGUGUGGCAAUGGCUCACAACCACCUGGUGAGCGGCAGGUGGAACGAUGAUGCCUGUCAUAAGGAUCAUAGCUUUGUCUGCUACAGGAAGAAAUCGAGCAGCAUCCAACCUCCACCCCCAACCAAGAGCCCCUGCCCAGCUGGCUACAUCUCCUGGUACCAGAACUGCUACAAGCUGGUGGAGGAGCAUGAGACGUGGGACAAGGCUCAGACGUCCUGCAAGCAGCAGGGAGGCAACCUGGCCAGCAUCGACAUGAGCUACGACCAGGCCUUUGUUGCCGGAGUGGUCCUGCAGGGCAGAGCCGACGCCUGGAUCGGACUCCAGCGCAAGGAUGAUGGCUCCUACACUUGGACAGAUGGCUGGCCAGUUUUUUUCACUCAAUGGGGACCAGGAGAACCCAGCAACAUUAAGGAUGAGGGCUGCGUGAGUAUGCACGCUUCACGCGCGUUCCACGGGACCUGGAAUGACACCAAGUGUGACGAAGCAAAACCGUACAUCUGCAAGAUCUCCUCAGAGAAUCCGCCGCCGACUCCUGCCCCUGGUGACGGGAACUGUCUUCCAUUCUGGGUACCCUACGGCCGCCAUUGUUACUAUGUGUACAACGGUAAGCAGGGUUUCUCUUGGCCUGACUCCCUUCACUACUGCCAGUCGGCCAAGGCAAAUCUGGUGUCCCUCCACAGCAGAGCGGAGGUAGAGUUCCUCAGGAACCUCAACUACACCAAAUAUCACAACAUCUGGAUCGGCCUCACCAGGGAUCGCAACUUUGGCUGGGGCUGGACAGAUCAGACGUCUCUGGGCUUCCUCAACUGGGCUCAUGGUGAACCCAAUGCAGCCUUUCACCCUGGGGAGGUGGGCGAGGAGAACUGCGUGGAGAUGUACCAGGACGGACAAUGGAAUGACAACAACUGCCUGCAGAAGAGAGGCUUUGCAUGCCGCCACCGCCAGUAUCAUACAACUGAUGAUGGCGGUAAUCCAAUUUUCCCCACCGAUGAUCCAAACGUCAGCAAUGGAGGGGUGAUAGUCGGCGCCAUCAUUGCAGCCAUUGUGGUUUGCAGCUUGGUAGCUGGAUUGCUGUACUAUGUUUUCAGGGUCCGAGGCUAUAAACUGAGCGGUUUAAGCCUGCCAACGAAAACAACCACUCCUGUCGAUGUGCCUGCUUUCACCAACCCAAACUUUUCAGGAGAAUCAGACACAUAGACCAUUUAAGUUUUGUACAGUAAACAGUUUUCAAAUCGGUGAUAGUGUAAUUUUUAAGUCUCCAGAGUGCUAUAAGAUUUAACUCUGUUGUAUAUAUUGUAACACACUAAUAAACAUAAUUUGUAUUAAAACUGUGUUUUAAGUGUCGCACUUACAUUUUUGGGGUGCAACAGUUGUUUACAGCAAUCUGUGCCACAUGGCCAAAGUAAUUCAGAAAUGUUGUAUAUGAAACUCACUGUUAAUGUGUUAUUUACUUACCUUUACCACCAAAUUGUGUAAUUCUUGUUUCCUUAAUAAAAUGAGUAAAUAACAAUAAAUUAAGAGUUAAGAACAAUAAA